AUGACGGGGUGGACUAGGGACCUGAAAACUGCUCAGCCUCUCUUCAAUCCCAUCAAGUCUGAGAAAUUUAGGAAGAAACCGAAGGUGUAUCAAGGUGUCCGAGUGAAGAUCACAGUGAAGGAGCUGCUGCAGCAAAGAAGGGCACACCAGGCAGCCUCUGGGGGAACCCUUUCGGGAGGCAGCAGCACGCACCUUUCAGACCCAGCUGCACCAUCCUCUGCAGGACUGUAUUUUGAGCCUGAACCGAUGUCUUCUACAACCAAUUGUUUUCAACCCCGAGAAUUUUCCACUUGUGUUUCUUGUGAAGAAAAUCCAAGCUGCCUGGACCAGAUCUUUGAUUCCUAUCUUCAGACAGAAACACUCCAGGAGCCUUUGCUCAACUCCACGCAAAGUGCUCCCUACUAUUGCCCUGACAGCUUCCAAACGGCCCCUUUCUGCUUUAGCCAGAGCCUGACCCUGGGAUCGCCCUCGGAUUCCUCCAGUCUCUCUGGCUGCUUUGACUACAGUUACCCCCCUGCUCAGCUGCCCUCAUACAGUCCAGAAAAUUUCAACUAUCCCCCUUCUGUGGACACCCUAAACCAUGGCUACCCUCCGGAGGACUGUUCCUACCACCGCUUGCCCUCACACACCCAGCACAGCUGUUUCCCCACGGCCACCCCAGUCUGCUACUGCUCACCCUGUGACACAGAGCACUUGGAAGUCCUCAGAACCUCGGAAUACUUCUACCCAACCACACACUGCGGGGAUUUUGCUCCCCCCGUGGCCCCCGCCAGUGAUUUCUACAAGAGGGAAACAAACUCUGACAUCUGCUACAGUUAA